GUUUUGCCUUUCUACUUAGAUUGAAAGAUGAUGACAGUGGUGACCAUGAUCAGAAUGAAGAAAACAGCACACAGAAAGAUGGUGAGAAGGAAAAAAUGGAACGGGACAAAAGUCAGAGCAGCAGCAAGAGGAAGGCUGUUGUCCCGGGACCAGCAGAGCAUCCCUUGCAGUACAACUACACUUUCUGGUACUCCAGGAGAACCCCCGGCCGACCCACCAGCUCACAGAGCUAUGAACAGAAUAUCAAACAGAUUGGCACCUUUGCUUCUGUGGAGCAAUUCUGGAGGUUUUACAGCCACAUGGUACGUCCUGGGGACCUGACAGGCCACAGUGACUUCCAUCUCUUCAAAGAAGGAAUUAAACCCAUGUGGGAGGAUGAUGCAAAUAAAAAUGGUGGCAAGUGGAUUAUUCGGCUGCGGAAGGGCUUGGCAUCGCGUUGCUGGGAGAAUCUCAUCCUGGCCAUGUUGGGGGAACAGUUCAUGGUUGGGGAGGAGAUCUGUGGGGCUGUAGUCUCUGUCCGGUUUCAGGAGGACAUUAUUUCAAUAUGGAAUAAGACUGCCAGCGACCAAGCAACCACAGCCCGAAUCCGGGAUACGCUUCGGCGAGUGCUUAAUCUACCUCCCAACACCAUUAUGGAAUACAAAACCCACACCGACAGCAUCAAGGCCUGGGAGGAGUUUCAUGGCCUGGUGAACAGCAGCGGCCGCUGAUCGGACGCUCCCCUCUGUCUCUCAUACUCAGGGGACAAUUCAAGCUUUCGAAAUACAAAAAUCACAUUGUGAACGUACACAAGCUGGCAAUAAUCCUUUUCCUUAAGUAUGUGUGUGUUUGUCCGAAAUGGAUGGGAGGUCUCCAGCUGGUCCUUCCAUCUGCUUACUGAAGGGACGUCCCUUUUGCACUCAUUCCUGGAGGAUGGAUUCUGCUAGACACCCUCCAGCAUCGCUGACUUUAUAAAGUGGAAAGAUGGCAAACGUGACUUUGUAAUAGACACACUUUUUUUUUUAAUGGGUUUCUGUGGGGGGAAGUCUAGCCUUUCAUUUUGCUGUGUGCUGUCCAGAUGCCUCGCAGGCCCUCUGUCAUGCUCCUCUCUACUGUACAAAGGGUGUCGCAACCACGUGUACCAGCCAGAGCUGUCCACUGAGACUUGUCAGUAUUACGAAUGUCUGUGCAUCCAGGAAAACUUUUUGUUGGAGGUCCCGGGAUAGCUGUAAAUGCUCUUCUAGCUUUGCCAUUAAAUUAUUGGGACGUUUUGUUUAUUUUGCUCCCCUCUUCCCCCAAGCCCACCACCUUCUGAAAAUGUGUUGCUGAUUUUGCAUGGUUUCCUGCCUUAUGCCCUCUGUCUUCCCUCGUGUGGGACUCUUUCCUCUUAGGCACUGCUGCACUUAGAACUAUAAUCCAGGUGGCUACGGCCCCUGAGGCGGCUCAGAAGGUGACUGAAAAUUAAACUGGAGCGGCAUCUGGUUUGUUGGGAGCAGGAUUCUAGCAGAGGUUCUGAGUGUGGGAUUUGGAGCUGAAGACAGUGUUGAAACCAUUUCCCCAGAUGAUCAGGGCCUGUGUGAGCAGCCUGUUUCUGUGGGUUCUUGCACACCCCUCAUUGAGGAAGGGAAGCAAAAGCUGGUUUUUGCCAGGUAUUAAUACUUAGUAUGAUAAGUUCUGUGAUCCUGAAACUGGGACAACUGAAGAAAAGGUGACCAUGAUAGAUGACUUUCUUUGCAAGGCUGUGCCUGUCUGCAGUGGUUGGAGACCUGCUUUCAGUCCUCGUCACCUGGUAUAUGUUAGGCUACUGCAGGCAUGCUUUAGAAAUGACCGGGCAUGCAUCAGAGAAGCUGGGUCAUCUGACUCAGAAGGACUGCAGUCAGAGAGGCCGAGAAGCACCUAGGAUUGAAAUAAGUACUGAGUACCAAUCGUACAGCAACCUCCAAGGAGCACUGUCUUACUAGGCUCUUGUGAGCAGAGAUCGAAGUACCUUAAAUUAAGGUCUCUCCUAAAACCUAUCCUUGCAGACCAGGGGUCCUUAGCCACCUGGUCUCAGAGAAGUCGUAGGAGAGUAGCAGGCAUUUCCUUAUUGUAUUUAUAUUACUCUCCUACUUUCCAACUCCUAAACACCCUCUAAUCACCACUGUUUUGGGAUGUUUUUCCCUAAAAACAGAGGAGUACAGGGGCCAAAGGGAGGUGCUUCCGUUAUAGGUGAAGUUAGAUCGGAUAAGAUCUAGCAAUGAUUUAAACUCCAGGAAUGUGAAGAAUAAAUUCUAGUGCCUGGACCAUUGUGAAGGGCUCAGGCAAACAAACAUAGGAGCAACAUGGCUGAAAUGGGGAGCAGAGGCUGCCUCCCGAGGUCUGUGUAGCCCCAGGGAGGUCUGUACUUCUGCCUAAACUCAGAAUUGCCAUGGAUAUUCCAAAGAGAGCAGACACUUGGAUGUGCCCUCCUCUGGGCAUCUACCUGACUAUUGUGUGGGUGCGUGUGCGCAAAGUGUUCUCGAGUGAGGGAUUUGUCACGCCCAGUGCUUGGGUGUAUUGUCCAUGUUCAUGUUGCUUUUUUUUUUUUUUUAUCUCAUUUGUUCAGAUCUUUUACUCUUGUAUUUUCCAGAUCUGCUCAUGUCUCCCUUCCACUUUUGAAAGUUAUUUUUUUCCAUCAAAAAUAGGCUGACCCUAUGUUAGGUCAAACCAGAGUUAUUUGUUAGGCAGCAUCUUACCCUCAGAGCACUCCAGAUACUCUGCCUAACAGCUUCGAAUGAGAGCUUGAGGAGUCACUUUAUCCACAUCACCCAUUCUCCAGCCUGGCUUGAGAGGUCUUUUCACUUUCUGACUCCAUAGGCCGCUGCUGGGCUGAGACAUGACACAUGCGUGGUUACGGUUUUGUCUGUUCUAGAGACACGGGGAAGGGUGCACCUAACAAAUGUAGACGCUGCUGCUGGGAUAUGGGGAGUCUCUUUCCACUUUGCACAGGCGGGCUGUUUUCCCAAGACCCCUCUGCUGAGUUUGCCAUUUGAAACUGGCCCCUCCUCCUCUCCUGUUCUCUUCUCAUUUUGUCUUUCUAUUCCUGUGCGUGUUUGUGUUUUCCUUGUGACAUUGGCAGCGGCAAUAAGUUUCUACCCAGAGAGAAGCUUAUGGUCCGCAAUGCUCUAGGAAUGAAUUUCUAAGGAUCUGCCAGCGGAGGAGCAGAGGCCGUGGCAGGAGGGAUCUAGUGUUGCACUUUCAGAGCCAUUGUCUACUGCAGUAAUAAAUGGAAAGUAUCAGCAAGAA